GGCGCUCCCAGCUCUCCACAAGCGUGCGGGAGACGGCGUUCCUGAGGCCGGCUUGCUGCAGCUGAGGAGACAACACUCACAGAACCCCUUUGAUUAGGAUGUGUCAGUGUUGUCAGGGCAACUGUUAACAGCGGCGUAUCAUAUUUUCUCCUCUUGUGUGGCGUGCUGAAUAUUUUAGUGUGCUGUUAGCUGGAAGAGGGUUGCAGGGGAAAAGGUGCUGCAGCAAGGAACCUGGAGCUGUGGGCUGGGAUCUGAUUGAACAGGUUAAGGCAGCGAAGAGCAGCAUCCAAACCGAUGUGCCUUUAAUUAGGGCUUUUCUUGAAGGUGGGGAAAGGCUGCAAGCCUUUCGCGGCCGACUGGAUGUUGGUAUUUGUCAGCUGUUUGCAUACUGCUUAUCCAUAGGAGAUCUAUUACAAGUGCUCAAAUGAACAGGCAGCGUUGCAGCUAGCGGCUAAGCAGGGGCUGCAGUUUCUUACUUAUUUUUUUUAAUAAGCAAGAGGCAACAUCAGCAUGCCUGGUUCAACUACUGCCCUCCGACAAGAGAGAUUGAAGAAAAGUGCCAGGCCAAAUCCCCUGGGUUUAUUCACCAUUAACGAAGAGGAUGAGCAGCAAAAGAACGGGAAUUCCAAAAGACUGAAAGCAGCCGAAGGGUCUAAAAUACAAGACAAGAAAGUCACUUCAGGACAAAGCAACACCGGAACUAAACCAGAUCAUCCAACAAUACUAAAGGUUGAUGACAGGCAACGGCUUGCUAGAGAACGGAGAGAAGAACGAGAAAAACAGCUAGCUGCAAGAGAAUCCAUCUGGUUAGAAAGAGAAGAGAGAGCCCGGCAACAUUAUGAAAAACACCUAGAGGAACGCAGAAAGAAGCUAGAAGAGCAGAGACUAAAGGAAGAGAGAAGGCGAGCUGCCGUAGAAGAAAAGCGAAGGCAGAGAAUAGAAGAAGAUAAGGAACGACAUGAAGCUGUUGUACGUCGCACAAUUGAAAGAAGCCAGAAGCCAAAACAAAAGCAAAACAGGUGGUCCUGGGGAGGAGCACUACAUAACCGCAUUAAUAACACAGAUCCAGACAGGCGAUCUGUUUCAACAAUGAACCUUUCGAAACAUGUUGAUCCAGUCAUUAACAAGCGGCUCUCCUCCUCAUCUGCAACAUUACUAAAUUCUCCAGACAGAGCUCGCCGUCUACAGCUCAGUCCAUGGGAGAGCAGCAUCGUUAGCAGGCUUCUGACGCCCACUCACUCAUUCCUGGCCCGAAGUAAAAGCACAGCUGCAUUGUCUGGAGAUGCAGUUAUCCCCAUUUGUCCCCGUUCAGCAUCUUGCAGCCCCAUCAGUCCUCUGUCCUACAAGUCCAUGAACUGUAGAUAUCCAGGAGACCGAGCAAAACUUUACGCCUCUACUGAUGCUGUUGGACGCAGGAGAACAAUGCAUCUUGGAGGGACUGACAAAAAAGAAAAGGAAAGAGGCCAUUUGUCAUCCAGCUUCUCGGCCAGUUUUAAAGGAGGUCAUUUCUCUUCCAACCCCAAAGCUAGAUCACCAGCUCCCUCUCCAGUUUGGCAUGCAUCAAAGUCUUUGCCUUUUUUGCCUGGCACACCCAAGCAGAUAACUUCCCCACCUGGUUCCUCCAAAGUUUCCUCUGCUCAGGCACGUCCUCCUUCUCCUGGCAACAUCCGGCCAGUCAAAAAAGAGAUCAAACCAGAGAGUGAGAAAAAAAGACCAGAAAAGGAAGCUGAAAAGGUCAAUGAAGAGAGGACAGAAGAGAGUAAAGGAACUUCAGCAGGUGCUGGAGAAUCUGCAAGUCAGGAAGAGCUCACUGUCCAGGAAGAGCUCGCUCAAGCAGCCAGCCCAUCCCUAUCUCCUGCUCCACCAGCUCUUUCUCCAGCCCCCACAAAGACCUCUGCAGGUACAACUGACCCUGAAGAAGCAACAAGGCUGCUGACUGAGAAGAGGCGCCUUGCCCGUGAGCAGCGGGAACGGGAGGAGCAAGAAAGGAGGGAGAGAGAAGAGCUUGAAAGGCAAAAGAAGGAGGAGCUGUCACAGAGGAUAGCUGAAGAAAGAGCUCGCCGAGAAGAGGAAGAAGCUCGCAGGCAGGAAGCGGAAAAAAAACGAAGGAAUGCAGAAGAGGAGCGGGAAAAGGAAGAACGGCUGCGCCGACAGGCAGAAGAGAGAGAACAGAAGGAAAAAGAAGAGAUGGAGCGCAUUCAGAAACAAAAAGAAGAGGAAGCUCGCCUAAGGGAAGAGGCAGAGCGGAUUCGAUUAGAACGCGAAAAGCAUUUCCAAAGAGAAGAGCAAGAGCGCUUGGAAAGGAAGAAGAGGCUUGAAGAGAUCAUGAAGAGAACGAGGCGUGUAGAAGCUGUGGAUAAGAAACCCAAUGACCAGCAGAAUGGACAUAUAUCAAAGGCAAAUAUUACUGGAGAAGCAGUCCUAACCAGUCCUGCGUCUCCCCUGGAACCUGCAGGAGGGCCUCAGCUUCAGCAGGCAGCGCCGCCUCCGCACAACGGGCAACCCGUCACCUGCACGCGUGUGAUUGUUUCACAUCAACCCCCCGUAAAUAUGGACAGCAAUCUCAAUCCAGAGAAAAAUGCAAACGAAAAUGGAAUGUCUAUGCAGAAUGAUAACUUUGAAGAGAUCAUAAACCUGCCUAUUGGUUCUAAACCACCCCGGCUGGAUGCCAUGAACAAUGACGGAAGCAAUAGUCCUGAAAUUCCUUUGAAUCCAAUUCUAGCCUUUGAAGACAAGGGGACUCUUUUGCCUCAGGUAGAUAGUGUUCAAACACAUCAAACAGCAGGUAGGUUUCUCCUGAUUCAUUAACGCUUGUAAAGUGAGGUAAUUGACAGAGGACCUAGAGCUCUAAAUUGAUGAGACUUGAUUCAUUUAAGCGUUUUUAAACACCAUAUUAUUUGGGGAAAGGAGCGUAUCUCCUCUCUGUAAAUCUAUACGUGCCAAGUACAUAGAGAUGCUGUGCAAAUUAUGACGAGGCCUUAUCUUUUGUUCGAGGGGGGUCUCAGUUACGCUGUGCUCUUGUGCCAUUUGAAGUUGCUUGAAAAUGUUUGCCCUGUGCUUUCAAACAGAAGCGCUAACAGGGACAACUGCUGUUCCUGGCUUACGAUCAGCAAUUGCGUUCCAGUUCUGCACAUGUAAUAUCUGAUUCGCACACGCGGCAGGAGAGCUGGUACCUACCUCCUUUGUAAAAACUCUGGAUGUACUUCCCUCACCAAGUUCUCGCUGACAUUAAUAUUGAGGGAUGGUUUGCUACACACGAGGUUUUUCUGAAUUACAUCACAACUUUUAAAGGAUGUUAGGUAAAUAAAUACUAAUUUAGCAAACUAAAUUGGACUGCCACUUUCUCUUUCCGUGGCUAGAAAAUGUAAGGAAAAAUCAUCUUACAAGAAAAUAAUUACAUAAUUGCGUAGCAUUUUGAAGUAAGCGUUGUUGCUCUUUGCUGACCUGUCACUUUCGAUACCUUCUGUUGUAGAAGUGAUCUGAUUGUUUCUUCUGAAGGACCAAAGGUGAUAUGAGCAUCUCUGCAGUCAGUGGAGUUUCUUCCAUGCUAUGAAGGAGUGUUUUAUUUUUUCUCUCCAGUUUUUUAAAGAUUUCUUGAAUAUCUUUUUUGGAAGGACUUUAGUAAAACCAGCAGAAGAAAUGAUGGGAAUAGACUUGGAUCACCUUUCUAAUAGCUUUCAUCACUAGAAAAAUCAUGCUUCACGUGCAUUACUUAAUAUGGCUUUUUCCAACAAGCUUUUUCUGUUAGUAAAUGGAUAUUUCUGCAUUCCUUAAGACACAAGACACUGGAAUCUGAAAGCAAUGGGCUGAUUUGGGUGGUGGGACUGAUUCUUUUUUUAAAAGGUGGGUGUUGGUUUAGAAGGCAUAAUUGUAAAAUUGGCAAAGAAUCUUUUACACUUUGUGGUUCUAAUACUUGAAAAAUGAAUACCUCGUUGCUCUACAAGUAGAGUUAAUGGGGUGUUUUAUUUAAACCUGUUGGUUUAAAUAUUAUUGCAGAGAACUCUAAUUAUGGGGGCAAAGUAUAGGCUUCUGUAUCAGGUUCUUGUAAAUGUAAUUCCUACAGGGACAUUCUGUAAAUUGAGAUGUCACUAUGAUUUUCUCGCAUUUUCUCUAAAAACACAAAACGAGGCAGGUUUUAAAAUGUGAACAUUUGAAAGCGCUAUUUUUUCAUGGACAAGAGGAAAACCUAUUGUUCUCCUAGAUGAUGUAUUUAUGAAUUUUGUUCAGUACGGAAAUAAAUCAUUAAUUGAAUAAAUUAGAAAAAUGUGUUAAAAUGAUACUGCAAACUUGAUUUUUUUUUUAGUUACAUCCAUGUUCACAAUACUAUAAAAGGUGUGUACACAUACGCACACACUCACGAGGAAAUACCUUGUUCUGAGUCCUGUAAAUUGCUGCUGUUCCCAAUGAUGGAAGACUUUUCCUUUGCCUUAUCAGACUAAAGACUGUGAAACCUGAAAUAUUUGAUUUUUUUGGAUGAUGAAGCAGGUUUGUUUGGAGAUUUUUUUGGUUUUGCUCGUUUCAGAGCAAAGGGGAAAUGGUCAUUGUGCUUUUUAUGUAGUGUGUGACUUUUAUAAAGCAGUACAGUUUGAGUGACAAGAGGAGCAAUGCAGGUUGCUUUCUUUGUAGUUUGAUGCUGAUUUCUACUGUCAUCGUUCCAUCCCUCACUUUUGGUUGCUGUUGGGCAGAACUGCAAAAUCUUGUACCUUUUUGUGCUGCGAUAAACAAUGCUGUUACAGGUAGAGCUGAUUUGAGUUUGAAGCGCCAACCAGGGCUUGAUGCAUGGCUCACUGAAGUCAGUGGGAAGAUCCUUGGCUAGGGGAAAUGGAGGUUUAUGGGGUUUCAGUUCACGCUACCAAAGAACGUACUGUUAAGAUUCCGGCACUGGCCUUUAGUGAGCGCCGAGCUGGGCCUGUAGGAAGCUGUGCAGAAAGUCUGUGCUAGCAGAAGAAAUCCUCUGAGAGAAAAGCUGAAGAAUUUUUUGAAGAAAUUACUUGCUGCUGCUGCCAAGUGUUCAUCUUAUACAGGAGAUGGCAUAAAAGCAAUGGAAACGCAAUGAAAGAGACUUCAUCUGCCAGAACAUGUAUGGAAGGGGAAAAACAGCCAUUCAGCCAGAAUGCUUUCAAUAGUAGCUUGUGACACAGUAGAAUGAAAUGGGUUCCUUUUGUGCUUUCUUUAGUUUUCCGUGUACAUAGCCACAAUAUUUUGAA